AUGAAAAAAAAUUCUGGUUGUAAAAAUAAUGAUACUAUUCAAGGCCUUGAGCAAAUGAUAAAAGUUUAUGCAAAAGAAAUAAAUUUAUUUAAACAAACAAUAAAAAAUGAAAAAGAUGCACUUCAACCUAAAGAUAUAUUUCCUUUAGUUGGAAGUAUUUAUCGAUUACCUAUCAAUGGAAAAAAAAUUCAUGAACAAACCAAUGCAUUAAAAAUAAGUCAAACUGAUAUUUCAUUAGAACAAGAAGUUUUUGCUGAACUAUCAGCUAAAGCUAAUUCAUCAACAAUAAUGCAUCAAUUCAAAUUCAUUAUUUCCAACAAAUAA